CGCGCUUUUCCUUGAGCCACCUAGGUUUUAUUUUCUCCACUGCUCACUCCCAUUUUUGCAUAAUCAACACCCAAUUUUUUUCACAUUUGACGAAAAUCUCUGGCAAAUUGCUUCUCUUUCUCUACAAGGAGAAGGAGGUCUCGAGUAUUGCAGUUUAAUUAGAAAAAACAUAUCUGCUUCCCGAGAGAGCCAGCAUGCAGGCUUGUGGUGGAUCUGCAAUCAUGAAUUCCAUUCAGCAACCUGUUGGGAUCAAGACAUCAGUAUUUCCUUCAAACUGGAUGGGUGCCAUUGUAAGCCCGAGUCAUGUUAAAAUGAGUUCGUUCAAGCCUUGUAGAUCAUCCCAACUUGAAGGGAGCUUAGUCACUGGGAAGCCGCCUUCUUCAGCGUCUAUUCCCAUACCUGAAGUUGGAGGAACUGGGAGUAGCUUUGCGGAUUUUGGAUUGAAAGAAGUUGAUCCAGAGGUCCGCAGCAUUAUUGACAAGGAGAAAAAUCGUCAAUUCAGAAGCUUGGAACUUAUUGCUUCAGAGAAUUUCACUUCUCGAGCUGUGAUGGAAGCAGUUGGCUCUUGCCUCACUAACAAGUACUCCGAGGGAUUACCUGGCAAAAGAUAUUAUGGUGGCAAUGAGUUCAUUGACGAACUUGAGAUUCUUUGUCAAGAGAGGGCUCUUGCAGCUUUUAAUUUGGAUGGAAGUAAAUGGGGUGUGAAUGUCCAACCGUUGUCUGGUUCACCUGCUAAUUUUGAGGUCUACACAGCGGUUCUUAACCCACAUGACCGUAUAAUGGGACUGGAUUUACCACACGGUGGGCACUUGUCGCACGGUUUCAUGACUGCUAAGCGACGGGUUUCUGGAACCUCUAUAUAUUUUGAAUCGAUGCCUUACCGAUUGGAUGAGACUACAGGCCUUGUUGACUAUGACAUGCUUGAGAAAACAGCUGCCCUCUUCCGUCCCAAACUUAUCAUUGCAGGCGCCAGUGCUUAUCCUCGUGAUUUUGACUAUCCUCGCAUGAGAAAGAUUGCAGAUGCUGCGGGUGCUUUUCUUAUGAUGGAUAUGGCUCAUAUUAGUGGGCUUGUUUCUGCAUCUGUUGUUGCUAAUCCUUUUGAGUUCUGUGACAUUGUAACCACAACAACACACAAGUCUCUCAGGGGUCCUCGAGGUGGCAUGAUCUUUUUCAAGAAGGAACCUGUUUUGGGAGUUGAUCUGGAAACUGCAAUUAACAAUGCCGUUUUUCCAGGAUUGCAGGGAGGCCCCCAUAAUCACACCAUCGGAGGGCUUGCUGUUUCUCUGAAGCAUGCAAAAUCUCCAGAAUUCAAGGCUUAUCAAAGCAAGGUGGUCUCGAAUUGUAGAGCUCUAGCUUCACGGUUGAUGGAGUUGGGAUACAAACUCGUCUCUGGUGGGAGUGAUAACCAUCUGGUUCUUGUGGAUCUCCGUCCCUUGAGCAUUGAUGGUGCGAGAGUGGAGAAAAUUCUCGACAUGGCAUCUAUAACCCUCAACAAAAACUCUGUACCUGGUGACAAAAGUGCACUAGUGCCCGGUGGCAUACGUAUAGGUUCGCCUGCCAUGACUACCCGAGGCUUCAGUGAAAAAGAGUUUGUUGCGGUUGCAGACUUCAUCCACGAAGGCGUGCAAAUCACCCAGGAAGCAAAGAAAAUUGCUUCAGGCCCCAAGCUCCAAGAUUUCAUGAAAUUUGUGACAUGCCCGAGCUUCCCAUUGGCCGACCGGGUGUCGGAUCUGCAAAGAAGAGUUGAGGCGCUGACAACUCAAUUCCCCAUUCCUGGCUUGUGAGUAAAAUAGCAAGCACUCGAGUAACAAUCCUCACUUUGCCAUUGCUAAAUUAAGUCCUUUUUUGGAUUUUCAUUUGAUCAGACAAUAAAACAACUCCACUUUUUUGUUGUUUGGAAUGUUGUAAUACUUGAUGAUACAUUGUGUUCUUGAUCUUUAUCCAAAAUUUUGUAAUAGCA